AUGGAGCUCACGAUGGAGAACAUUGGAAACAUGCACGGCGUCCCGUCGCACGGCCAGCCAGGGGACCUGAUGAAUUCGUCGCACGGGAGACCGCCGUCGGCUUCGCACCGGAAUCUGGUCUCUCACGGCCGCUCGGCGAUGGUGUCCAGCAUGGCUUCGAUUUUGGAGGGCGCCGGCGAUUACCGGAGCGACCCCGCGCUUUCCGGACACCUGCAUCCCGCUAUGACCAUGUGCGAGUCAGGGAUGAGUUAUCGAACACGUACACCACCCCCACCCCCGCUUCAGCAUCUGCCACCGAUUUCUACAGUGUCCGAUAAGUUUCACCACGCGCACCCGCACCAUCACGCCGCGCACCAGCGGCUCGCCACCGGGAACGUCAGCGGGAGUUUCACCCUCUUGCGCGACGAUCGCGGCCUCGCUUCAAUGGGAAACCUGUACGGCCACUAUCCUAAGAUGUCAGGCAUGGGUCAGCCGCUGUCCCCGCUAUCCAAUGGACUCGGCUCACUGCACAACUCCCAACAAGCGUUAUCCGCGUACGGACCCGGUGCGCACAUCCCCAACGAUAAGAUGCUUUCUCCGGGCGGCUUCGAAUCGCAUGCGGCGAUGCUUUCCCGAAGCGAGGAGCACCUAGCGCGGAGUUUAGGAGGGCACGGGCAUGGGAUGAUCUCCAAUCUGAAUGGCAUGCACGCUCACGGGCAUCUGCACACCCCGACGAACGGCUCCAUGCUGGCCGACAGAGAGAGGCACGGCGGCGGGCCCGGGCAGAGCGGUGGCUCGGGGCAGGUGGAGGAGAUCAACACCAAAGAGGUGGCGCAGAGGAUCACGGCCGAGCUGAAGCGCUACAGCAUCCCCCAAGCCAUUUUCGCCCAGAGGAUCUUGUGUCGCUCGCAGGGAACUCUGUCGGACCUGCUGCGCAACCCGAAGCCCUGGAGUAAACUCAAGUCCGGCCGCGAGACUUUCCGGCGCAUGUGGAAGUGGCUGCAGGAGCCCGAGUUCCAGAGGAUGUCCGCGUUACGGCUUGCAGCGUGCAAGAGAAAGGAGCAGGAGCAGCACAAAGACAGAAACAUGGUGCCCAAGAAGCAGCGGUUGGUGUUCACCGACCUGCAGCGCCGAACGCUCAUCGCCAUCUUCAAGGAGAACAAACGACCCAGCAAGGAGAUGCAGAUCACCAUCUCCCAGCAGCUGGGCCUGGAGCUCUCCACCGUCAGCAACUUCUUCAUGAACGCCCGGCGCCGCUGCGUGGACCGCUGGCAGGACGAGCACGCCAGCAGCCCCGGACAGCCCGGGACUUCGGCCAACACUUUCUCCAAGGCGUAA